AGACCUCACCCUAAGAACUUAUGCAUCUCAACAAACUAGCUAAUAAAAUGGGAUCGUUUAUAUUGAAAACAAAAAAUCAGCACACAUGGGAAAAUCAUAAAAGCAAGCAGCCGCAGUUUAAGUAAAAUUUGACAACGAACAGAAAUGUGAGGGCAGACGGAGAUGCGAACGUCUUUGACUAAAACUCCGUUUCGCCUGUUAAAACGGGAAACAGGAACUUGCCGUUUCUGGUAACAGAGCUAUAAAUAAACUAGCAAAUCUUUCGUUUCCGCAAAUAGACUUACUUUAAUCUUCAACAAACACAAUAGUUUCUCAGGUUGACUAUUUUUAUCAGCUUUGAAGAGCCGAGGAACAAUGGUUUCACCUGAUUUUGGCAGCUCGCCAAACUGGGGAAGAUCUCUUAUUUCAGUUGAGAGUGUUGAAGAAUUGGCUAAAACGAACCCCCAACAAGUUCCAGACAGAUAUGUGAAAAUUGAUGAAGAGAGACCAGAAAUCUUUGAAUCUCCAAUUGAUCUAUUUGACACAGAGAAAAAUAAUACUGUCAUUGAUAUGAGUAAGAUUGCACAAGCACAACAUAGAGAUGAAGAGAUCAGAAAAAUGGCUAAGGCUUGUGAAGAAUGGGGUUUCUUUCAGGUUGUUAAUCACGGUAUUCCUCAUUCACUGAUAGACACUGUGAAAAGAAUUGGGAAAGAGUUUUUUCAGCUGCCAUUAGAGAAAAAACAGAGUUAUUCAUUGAGGCCAGGGGAUCUUCAGGGCUACGGCCAGACCUUCGUUGUGUCUGAAAAUCAGAAGUUGGAUUGGGGUAAUUUGUUAGGAUUGAUCAUGUAUCCUUCCGAGCUCAGAGAUUUGAACUUUUGGCCGACUGAGCCUGCCGGUUUCAGGGAGACCGUGUAUGCGUACAAUACUGAAAUUAAAAAACUUGCUGGGCAACUGUUGGCUUUGAUUGCUGAGUCGUUGCAUUUGCAGCCUGACUUUUUUGAGAAGAAAUUUGGGAAUGCAUACCAAAAAAUGAGGAUGAAUUACUAUCCUCCCUGCGUUAGUCCAGAUCUUGUUCUAGGACUAAGUGCGCAUGCAGACAUGGUAGCCCUGACUCUACUGCUACAGGAUGAUGAAGUACCAGGAUUGCAGAUUCACAAGGAUGAUCAAUGGAGAUCUGUGAAACCAAUUCCUUAUGCCCUGGUCAUUAAUACUGGAAACAUGAUGGAGGUUAUGACCAAUGGAAGAUACAAGAGCAUCGUACACAGAGCAGUAACGAACAAGGAGAAGGCAAGACUAUCAAUUGGAGUAUUUUAUGCCCCCGGAUUUACUGAAAAGAUUGGCCCUGCCCCUGAACUGAUUGAUGAUAAUCAUCCCAGCUUGUUCAGGAAAUUUAUACACCAGGAUUACAUGCAAGACUAUUACACUCGUGGAACGAAGGGAAAAAGUUCAUUUUAUGAAUUUGCUAGCAUUUAAAAUUGAGCCUUUAUGAGAAACGAGAAAUGAGAAUUGCAAUAGAAACUGCACACAGGGUUGGGUUAAAUUGUACUGUUUUCUCUUCAUAAUCAUAAUUUAUAAAUGGCCCGUACUCCAAACCAAAUCUAAAAGAGCAUAGCUUAAGUUUGUUUAUUUUCUUUCUUAAGCGUAGGAUACAUAUACACUUAUACUACGGGUCUCCCAUAUAUUUUCUCUCACCUUCCAUCAGGCUGUAUGACUGGGAGGGCUUUCGCUUGACUGAAACGUGAGGGUUUGGGACACAGCUAUUUUGGUUUUAAAAAUAUGGUACGUUUCUACGAAAAGUGCAUAAUAAGAAAGUAUAUACAAUUUGGCUUUUGGAGCCAGUUUAG